CACGCGAGACCCUGCGUACUGUUUACCAGUUACCGUUCGUCUUACACAGUGUUUUAUCGUGUCGCCUAUCUGACGUUAGAUCCUCCGUAAUUAUGUUCCUAAGAAAUUUAUAUCGGACUUCAAUUAAAUUAAAUGUUAGAAAUUAUUCUGGAAGCAAAUUAAAGAAGCCACCAAAGAUUUUAAUUACGGGAGGCCUCGGUCAACUAGGCGUUGAGUGCGCCCGGUAUCUUCGGGGAAAAUAUGGCCGAGACAACGUAAUCCUAUCGGAUAUAAUCAAGCCUUCCCAAGACAUCGUCAAUGACGGGCCCUACAUUUUUGUGGACAUUCUGGACUUUAAGGGUCUCCAAAAAACUGUUGUGGACCACAGGGUUGACUGGCUGAUUCACUUCUCAGCUCUUCUCAGUGCGAUUGGAGAGCAAAACGUUCCUUUAGCCGUGCGAGUGAAUAUAGAAGGAGUGCAUAAUGUUAUUGAACUUGCCAAACAGUAUAAUCUAAGGAUCUUUGUGCCGAGUACAAUAGGUGCCUUUGGCCCGGACUCUCCUAGAAAUCCUACGCCUAAUAUAACUGUACAAAGACCUAGGACUAUUUAUGGUGUGUCUAAAGUGCAUGCGGAGUUGUUAGGGGAAUAUUAUUAUCAUAAAUUCGGUUUAGAUUUCCGUUGCUUGAGGUUCCCUGGUGUCAUAUCUAGUGACCCACCCGGAGGUGGUACAACAGACUAUGCCAUUGCGGUCUUCCAUGACGUCCUCCGAAAGGGUCAAUAUCAGUGCUACCUCAAACCUGACACCAGACUACCCAUGAUGCACGUGAGAGACGCUCUCCGAGCUCUUUCGGAGUAUUUGGAAGCACCAAAUGAGGUCCUCAACAGAAGAGUAUACAACGUCACAUCUAUGAGUUUUACCCCGGAGGAACUGUCAGAAGCAAUGAUCAAAUACAUACCGGAAUUCAAGAUCACUUACAUGCCUGAUAGCAGGCAGGAAAUAGCGGACUCCUGGCCCCAAGUGUUCGACGACAGCGAAGCCAGACGGGACUGGAAUUGGAAACCAGAGAUCGAUAUGGACAGCCUGGUCAAACUGAUGGUAAAGGAAGUGAAAGAAAAAAUUGCUGCUAAUGGACAAUCAUAACAUGGAGUCUUGCUCAUGAUUGCUCAAUUCAUGUGUUUGUCACUCGAAAGAGCCCCUUUCCUUGUGCAGGAGCACAGUUGAGUGCUUGAAAAGCGUAUUCUGUCUUAAGUUUAUAAGCCAGUCUCAUCUCAGUUUUAUUAUUGAAAAGACGUCAGUGUUAAUAGUACUUAUUGUUAUUUAAAUAAACGCUUACAUAAUAAUUUCA